AUGGCGGCCGCGGCGGCAGGUGGCCUGCCUGGGAAGGGGCACGAUAUCAGCCUGGCAGCCCUGCGGCGCCACGACCCCUACAUCAAUCGCAUCGUGGACGUGGCCAGCCAGGUGGCUCUGUACACUUUCGGCCAUCGGGCCAACGAGUGGGAGAAGACUGGAGUGGAAGGAACCUUAUUUGUUUAUACAAGAUCUGCCUCUCCAAAGCAUGGAUUCACUAUUAUGAAUAGGCUCAGCAUGGAAAACAGAACAGAACCCAUUACUAAAGACCUGGACUUCCAGCUCCAGGACCCUUUCCUACUCUACAGAAAUGGCACACUGGCCAUUUAUGGAAUUUGGUUUUAUGAUAAGGAAGAGUGCCAGAGAAUUGCGAAACUAAUGAAAAACCUCACUCAGUGCGAGCAGUUGAAAGCCUGUCAUGGAGCUGGAUCCUCCACAGUGACCCUGAGUUCAGGAGAGGGCCGAGAAGUCGAUAUCCUGCAGAUGCUCACCAAGGCCAAGGAUGAGUACACCAAGUGUAAAACCUGUUCUGAGCCAAAACAGAUAACCAGUUCUUCUGCCAUCUGUGACAACCCUAAACUUAUAAAACCUGUCCCCGUGAGACCCAGCAGCAGCCAGAGGCUGCAAGAGCCCACCCCCAGCAAGACCUUGGACCCUGAGCCUCAACACUUGUCUUUGACAGCACUAUUUGGGAAACAAGACAAAGCUCCUCAUCAGGAAACUGUGAAACCCUCCCGGACCUUUGUCCACUACCAUCACCAUCACCACCACCACCAGCAGCAAGAGAAGCUUCCAGUUCAUCACGGGGUUGCAUGCUCCCUGUCCUGUGAGGAGCCCAGAAAGCUCUCACUCCCAGUAGAGAAGCAACUCUGCCCAGCCAUUCAGAAACUCAUGGUCGGGAGCACAGGGUUACACUCCUUGCCUCAGCACCCUGAACAGUGGCCCUGUGAAAGUGGCAGCCCCAGUCCUGUCCAGCUGGGGUCCCCCUGGAAUGGUAGGGCUGCACACUGCACACAGAGCACUUGCAGAAGCCACAAACUAUUAGAGCAGCUCCAAGGUGCCUCUGGGGCAGUGCAUAAAUAUAACCCCUAUACACCUGCCAGUCCGGCUGUGGCCACUCAGGUGGCUCCAGGCCAGAGUGUGGCCCAGUCACACCUGGUGUAUUUCAGUGACCCCCUUCCACCUCCCACACCAGGGCAUCAUGCUCUCAGGAAGGAGCAGGGUACACUCCCAGCACAAGCAGUGCCACUGUCUGGCAGCCAGGAGAGCAGCUCCACUGUUCUCCCUACUCAGGAGCUACUAAGAAAGCUCCAGGUAGUACAGCAGGAGCAGCAGGCGGCCCCCCGGCCAGCCUUGGCAGCCAGGUUCCCUGUGUCAGCCCAGGGAUCAGGGACAGAAAAGCCCUUGGAAGCCUGGGUCAGCAAGACAGCCAGCAUGGAGAAACAGGCUCCUCUUCUGCAGUCUGCCUGUGCCCCACUGAGGGAGACUGAUAAUGGGUUCAUGGCCCUAGGAGGCCAAGAACUUCCUGCUGCCUCCUCCAGCCUCCUUCUGCCCCUGCAGAACUGGGAAUCUUCCACCAUGGCCAGCAGGCCCCUAACCAGGCUGCAGCUCCAGGAAGCACUGCUGAGCCUCAUCCAGGUAAGACUGUUGACCCAACAGUGGGCACCAGGACAGAGUGAGUUGUCUGAUGCCUACUUUGGACUCCAGAGUGCCACCACCUCCCCCAACAACUUCUAAACUCAGUUAACUGGAUGAUACUUAGAAUACUGCUUGUGGCCUGAGAUAUCUCAAACCUUCAAGAGAUUUGUGACUUAGAGGAAUGAGUAAGACCUCCUAGGUGCCAGCAGCCAGAAAGGAAGGGACCAUGUGAUGAAGGAUCAGCCAGCCAAGGCACUCUGGGAGUUCACUAUUAGGAAUAGUCAUAGAGCCAUCUUGGGCAAACUGCCGUCUUAAGCUGUACCAGCUAUGACUACUGUGAGCACAGUUCAGCUAUGGUUUUGAAACCUGCUGCUGAGAACAGGGUGGAAUGAUAGGAUGCCUCGUCAGCCCUGCCUUGAGUGUCUCUGCUGUUCUGUGUGGUAACUCACAGCGAACUGUGCCAUGUACCAUUUUAAGUUUAAUACUGCUUACAGGAAACCCUCUUCUAGGGGCCAACGAGGUCAGGUAAAGGUGCUUGCCACCAAGCCUGAUGACCCACAUAAUGGAAGAAGAGAUUCCCAAGUGUUGUCUUCUUACUGUGUGUGCAUCAUGGCAUAGCCACACCUGCACACACACACACACACAGAUACAUAUACAUAUACACAGUCACACAAAAUAAAUCCAUAAAAUAACAAUUAAGACCCUCUUAUUUGUCUAAUUCCACAGACAAGGAAACUGAGGCUUGUGUUUGGUCUUGUGUUACACUGAGCCUGUCUGCCGUACUCCCGUCUCCUCUUGAGUGGACCUUAUAAAUUAAUGUUCCGUUGUAUAGCAGAGCACACUCCCAAGUGAAUGAUAGACCUUAGACAGGGUAGUGUCCACACAGAAGCAGACACAUCAACUAAUGUGUUUAGGAAUCCUUGUAGGCUGUCUUGAAGGUGUCUGUAGGCUCUGUGUAACCAUCAGACAGCCGUGGGGAGCAGGCUAGCCUUGGUAUUUCUGGUUCUCCAGUUGCUGUUGAAUCCCUAUUACUGAAAACAUUUCCAAGAUAGCAUGUUUUAGAAAGAACAAAAAGGAUGGGACUGGAAAUGAGCAUCUGUUUGGAAGGAGAACGCAGUCUACGAUGAUUGAGCCUUCCCAGUUUAAUUACGUCACUAAGCUUAAAUAUGCACUGAGAUAGACACUCAUAGAUAAGAUAGCCUAUGCAUGGUAAGUUCAUGAGAAUUCAGAACAAAUGCCUGCAAAUCUCUUUAUUAGAACAAUAAAGAAAAUGUAAACAUAAGUGUA